AUGUGGUGCAAAGACCAUGACUUUUCUGUUUUGGGCGACUCUUUAUAUGAUUGUUAUGAAAAUGACAAUAUUCAAAAGCAAUGUGAGGACCCCGGUGAAAGACUGGUCGAUGUGGCUGAAUGUAAAAGUGAAUGUAAACAGUUGCAGGGGCCUGUUAUAGGCGAGGAUGAGCCAGAAACGAACAAUAACAUUGUGGACUGGAUGGAGCCGGAUAAUGUAACAAUAUUUGAGCUGGAGAAGCGCGCCAUUGAAGUACUAGACGUAUGUCGCAAACGAACUCUUUCAUCUCGUCUGAUUAACAAUAAAGAGUUCUUUGUGGAUCAUGCUCAUAAUCUUGUGUGGUGCAACAUAUUUAAAGCUGCUAGUUCUUCCUGGUUAUAUAACUUUAACAUACUAGGUGGCUACGACAAACAUUUCUUGGCGCGAACCAGGCAGACGCCAUUAAUGUUAGCAAGAAAGAAGUUCCCUCGCCCUAGUGAAGAAGAACUAAAGGAUGCUGUUAAUACACCAGGGGUUAUAUCACUCUUGGUUGUACGAGAACCCUUUGUCCGUUUGCUCUCAGCAUAUCGUGAUAAGCUUGAAAACAUUACCCCACCGUAUUAUAGGAAGUUAGCAAGAGCUAUAGUUGCAGAACACCGAGCAAAAGCUAUAAAAAUUUUAGGGCCUAUCAAAAGCUUUGGGCCUACGUUUUACGAGUUUGUGGCUUACUUAAUACAAAAGUACAAUGCACAAGCCAAUGAUUUCACUUUUGAUGAGCAUUGGGCACCGUAUUACCGGUUUUGUUCACCUUGUGCCGUCAACUUCACCGUCAUAGCAAAGGUGGAAACAUUGGCGAGAGAUUCAGCGUAUGUAAUACAACAACUUGGUCUAGGUCAUGUAUUGGAUAGAAAACUCAGCAACCGGAGGAUGCGACUGCGUACUGUAAUGAAUAAGUCUCGAGAUGGGAAGAACACUACAGCUUUACUGCGAUAUUACUUUAGUCAAAUUGACGAAGAUAUGCUUAAUGGAUUGUUACAAAUUUAUGGUAUAGAUUUUGAAAUGUUUGGGUACGAUGCAAAGAUUUAUAAACGUUAUGUUAGGAAAUAA